UGGUGGAGGUGGAGGAGGAGGAAAGGCGAGUCGGGCGCUUUGACGGAGCGGGCGGCGGCCAUGUUGGGAGCGUCGGGGCAGCUGUAGCAGUGGAGGCCUGUGUGGCAGGGCGCUGAGUGGCCUUCCGGGCCCAAGCGAGGGGAAGAGCGAGAGGGAAGCGGCCUGGCCUGUGGCGUGAGGGAAAAGGAGGGAGCGGCGGCGGCUGCGAGGCGGCGGAGGCUCCGUCCGAAGCCGGACCCGACUGGGGUGCUAGAGGGGGGCGUGAGGAAGCCUCGAGCCGGGCCUCUGCUUCAGCCGCCGCCAUGAGCGGGGGGACGCCGUAUAUCGGCAGCAAGAUCAGCCUGAUCUCCAAGGCCGAGAUCCGAUAUGAGGGCAUCCUCUACACCAUCGACACCGAGAACUCCACGGUGGCUCUCGCGAAGGGUAAGGCGGCCCGGAAAGGAGGUGGCGGCCGGGGCGGGGGGUCUCGGCCUGCUUGGCGGUUGGUUGGGGGCGGGGCACGGAGAGGCCUCAGCCCCCACUUCUCCCCAGUGGAAGUGGGUGGUCGGUUUCGGGGACCCCAGUUGAAAUACAAAAGGCACGCCAAGCCAGCAAGGUAGGCGGGGGGUGGAGGCGGAGCUGGAGGCAAGCAAACACGGAAUUAAAUAAAGAUUCCCUUUGGAGAUUCGUUGUUCGAGCUUCAAUCGACUACCCAGGGGAGGGAGGGUUACUGGUUUCCCGCACAAGAGAUGGGUGGUUUGUCAUGAGAAGGUAAGUUGAGAUGUAAAGGCACACCACUUCUACAAGGGCGGGGUAGAGUUGGGGGGAAAGCAAACCAGGAUUCAAGCAAAGAUGCCUAUAGAAUUAUCUUAAUAAAGAGAUGUGUUGUGCGAGGUUCAGUUGAAGAUCCCCUAGGAGGGUUAGGGUUGCUGGAUGUUAUUGCAGCGCCCACUCUAAUCUGUUUGUCAAGUAUAAUCUCCAGAUGUUUUGGUAGUAGGACUCAUCACAGCUGCACUGGCUGGGGCUGACAGGAGCUGUAGUUCAAAACAAUGAGAGGGUAGCAGGUUGUGGAAGGGUGCCCUAAAUAAAACAAAUGAGGCAAAAGCAGCUGCAUUGCAAGGCAUACUUUGGGAGUAAGUCCCACAGAAGUUGCUGAGGCACAUACCUCAGUUACACAUACAGCUGGAUGAGGCAGUAAACUGAGUUUAAGUUCUGCUACAGGAGUACACCUCAGGGAAUAUACUGUAUAUAUAUUCAUCCAAGUGAAAUCAUCCCAGUGAAAAGAAUACGUACUGUGUGCUAAAACUCCCUUUGCCUCUCCCUUAUACUUUUAAAACUGCCUCAUUAACAGUACAUCAGGGAGCAUUUUUUAAAAGUGUCAUUUAUCUUACACUGCCAUGCUGAAGUCUUACUGCCCAUUAUGCCACCUCAGAACUCUUACCACUUUGGUUCCACCUUGUUCUGCUACAUGUGUUUCCAUAAACGUGCUUGGAGCAUUCUUGUUGACUAUUUUUACUGCAAUACAAGGUGAUGCACAUGUGCACCCAGAUAUUUCUACAACUCACAUCAUUCCCAACCACUAACCCUGCUGGCUGAGGCUGAUGAGACUCUGAAUGCAACAUCUGGAGGGCCACAGGUUAGCGCCCUGCCCUAAGAAGACUGUAUAAUUUUAUGCAUAUUGUUUUCAACUAAGAAUGUGCAGACAUCUUCCAGGAGAGAAGUGGGGGGGAGGGUCCCUUGGUGCCAGCUAUUUAAAUUCAAACACCAUAGGUUUCACAUAGUUUGACAAAAAGAAGGAAACCAAAACCAAUUUUUUGGCCUACAACUCCCAUGAUCCCUAGCUAGCAGGACCAGUGGUCAGGGAUGCUGGGAAUUUUAGUCUCAAAACAUCUGGAGGGCCGAAGUUGAGGGAGCCUGAUGUAAAGCCAAAAUUGCAUAGAGUCAAAACACACUGGAUUCAGUGGUGGGUGGGAUUACCAAAGACUUUUUUCACAGAAGUCUGCUUUCUUUUUAAUUAAAAAAAAUGCCAAGCAUGUAAAGCUGAAUGUGCACAAGUUCCAUCCACAUUACUUGUAAGUUACCUGUGUAUUCAAAGAAGUAUUUGGCAGAAAUGAGAAAUGUGGUCUACUUUUGUUAAGUUAAGAUUGUUAUGCAGUAUCUAAUACACCUUAACAUUUUUCUUAGACACUGCACAUAAUCUUAGCCAAAAGGUAAAAAUGCAUAGAAGUCCUUUUUUUUGUAUCUUCAUUUCAAACAAAUCAAACUGAGCCUCAUACAUUUUCAUCUCAUUUGUGAACAAAGUGUUUUAUUUCUAUUUUCCUUGUCUAUUUUCUUGCUUCUGCACUUCAGUACUGCUUACAAGGCACAUGAACUAGAAAUUCUUAAGAUUGUCCCUCGUUCAUUAUGAUCCUUUUCACCUCAUUAUGCUUAACCUUAUGUAUGCCUCCGUCCUUUAUGCAUUAUUCCAUCCAGCCCUACCUCAGCAUAGAACUCAUUGAAAUUAAACCUGCAAAGCUUUCCAUUUUUCUUAUGGGCCAAGAUGACUUCCUUUGCUUGUGUGUGUGUGCCUACCACUGAACUAUGACUCCUUCCUAAUUCAGGCUCUGCUUCUCCUCAACACACCUUGCCAUAGUAACUUUAGUAACUAACUUCGCCAGAUGCCCCUUUCUCUGCCCCCUCCUUUUCUGGCCAAGCCGCUGCCCAUUCUGCAUUAUUUAGGCUACCAUGCAAAACAGUGCCUUCAGACGAUCACCCAGGGAAUUUACAGAUUGCCUGCUUUUGUGUAAGCUUGUAUUAAGUAAAUCAAGAAAAAUGACUUGCUGACCUUUUAAUGCAAAUAGACUUGAUCUGAAUGAAUUCAGCUGACUGGGGGGGGGGGGAGUGCUCUUUUGAAAGUGUCAGUGUAGUGAACCUAAUGAAUAUUCAGCUGCACUUUGUCACAUGAUGCGUUAGACCAAACUGAUGCAAGUUUUUUUGUUUGUCUAUGUGUAAAUAUUAUGAGAAAGUAUUGGAUGAUACAUGAUAAAAUUUGUUUGUUUUUUCCUGCAGUUCGUUCUUUUGGUACAGAAGAUAGACCGACUGAUCGGCCUAUACCACCUCGUGACGAAGUAUUUGAAUACAUUAUAUUCCGUGGCAGUGAUAUCAAGGAUUUAACCGUUUGUGAACCACCCAAACCACAGUGUUCUCUGCCCCAGGAUCCCGCUAUCGUUCAGGUAUAGUCACCAUGUAGCAGUUGUAGCUUUAGCUAUGUCUAGUUAUACACUGUGAUCAGUUUUGGUGUGUAUAUACCUGAAACUGUAUGAUCUGGAUCAUCUUAUAUUGUUUAGGGAAAAAAGUUAUUUAUAUGUGUUCAAGAGAUUUUCCACAAAGUUAUUAAUGACAAAAUGUAUAUUAACAUAAGAAGAGCCAUGCUGGAUCCAACCAAAGGCCCAUCUAGUCCAGCAUCCUUUUCCCACAGUGGCAAACCAGAUUUCCCACUUAGAGGCCUGCAAACAGCACCUGAGCGCAACAGCACUCUCCCAGUUGUGAUUCCCAGCAGCUGGAAUUUAGUAGCUUAUUACCUCCAUCGCUGGCAUCUCUAGCAGCUAUUGAUUGCCUUAUUCACUAUGAAUUUCCCUAAUCCUCUCUUAAAGCCAUAUAAAUUGAUGGCCAUCACUAUUUCUUGUGGGAGUGAAUUCCAUUGUUUAACUAGCCCCUAUGUGAACAAGUACUUUCUUCUGUCUCUCCUGAAACUUCCAGCCUUCAGUUUCUUUGAAUGGUUCCAGGUUCUAGUAUUAUGAAAGCGGGAUAAAAGCUUCUCAUACUUUCUCCAUAACUUGCACAGUCAUACUAUGUCCAAAUUAUACAUGAUCUUACACAUUUCUGUCAUGUCCCCUCUUACCUUUUUUCUGUGCUCAAAAGACCCAAAUGUUGCAAUCUUUCAUCAGGAAAGUUGCUUUGGCCUCUUAAUCAUUUUGAUUGCCCUUUUCUGAAACUUUUCCAGCUCUACACUACCCUUUUUGAGGUAUGGCAACUAGAACCAUAUGCAGUAUUCCAAGUGCAAUCUCACAAUAGAUUUGUAUAGCAGCAUUAUGAUCUUGACAGUUCUAUUUUCAAUUCCUAAUGAUCCCUAGCAUAAAAAUUCACCUUUAUCACAGCUGCACACUGGGUCAACAUCUUCAUCACUAUCCACUAUGACUCCAAGGACUCAUUCCUGGUCAGUUGCUGAUGGUUCAACCACCAUUAGAAUAUAUGUUAAAUUAGGGGGAAAUUGGGGAUGUUGUUUUUUGUUGUUGUUUUUUUGCCCCAAUAUGCAUCACUUUACACUGCUUACAUUGAAUUGCAUUUGCCAUUUUACUGCCUAUUCACCCAAUUUGGAGUGAAUUCCUUUUGAAGCAAUUCCUGAUCCCGUUUUGUUUUAACCCCCAAUUUGGUACCAUCUGCAAACUUAGCUAUGCCACUGCUUACCCCUACUCCAGAUCAUUUAGGGACAAGUUAAAAUGCACAGAUCCCAAUACCAGUCCUUGGGGGAUUCUACUUUCUACAUCUGUCCAUUGACAGAACUGUCCAUUUAUUCUUGCUAGUUACUCAUCCAUAAGAGGACCUCGCCUCCAAUUUUAUGAUUGCUAAGCUUACUCAGGAGCCUUUGGUGAAGGACUUAAUCAAAAGCUUUUUGAAAGUCUAAAUACAAAACAUUAAUUGGAUCACCCCUAUAUGCUUGUUGACUCCCUGAAUGAAAUCUUAAUAGGUUAAUGAGACAGAACCUACUCUUGCAGAAGCCAUGCUGGUUCUUCAGCAAGACCUGUUCUUUGAUAUUCUUGGUAAUUCUAUCUUUUAUAAUGCUUUCCAACAAUUUUCCUAGAACAGACAUGCUAACCAGUCUAUAAUUUCCUAGAUCCCUUCUGAAUCCCGUUUUAAAAUUUGUUAUAUUGCUCACUUUCCAGUCCUCAAGGUAAUAAAUAACUCAAGAUUGAAACUGAUGAUCUUCUAACCAAAAUAUGAAACUUGUAGCUCUUGGGAAGAUCCUGUCCUGAUCUGGUAUUUUCUCAGUUUUAAUUUUUCAAGCCCUAUAAUUUUAUCUCUUUUCACUACUCUUUUCCUCAGUUCCUUAGACUCCUUUUUUGAGAAAGUUUCGUUCAGGCACAGGGAUUGGCCUACAUCUUCUGCUAUGAAUACAGAUGCAAAGAAUUUGUUGAGUUUCUCUGCCAAACUCCUUGAGCACAUAUUUGACUUGCUUGUUAUCCAGCUGUCCAGCUGCCUCCCAGCUGGUCUCUUCUAAUGUAUGUAAAUGAUGUGUUGUUGGUGAUUGUACAGAUGACAACCAUUUUGCAUGGGGGUUCUGUUCCUAGCCCCCGUGUGCAUCAGCGGAGUGCACAUAAGCCCAUUCUGGCCCAUCCCUGUUGAGCCCUCUUCUGGGUGCUAAAGGAGCUGUGCAUCAGUGGUCACACAACAAUUGGACGCACACAAAACAUUGUCAUUGCCUGUAAGUUUUUAAAGAGACAGGCUCAAGUUUUUUUUUCUUCUCUUUUGCCAGCCUUUGUAUUAUUUUUGUUGUUCUCCAAAUUUGAACAAGACCCUUCAUUUUCUGAAGGAAGCUUUCUUGUCUCCAAUAGGUUCCUUGACUCUGUUAAACACGCUGCCAUCCUUUUGGCCCUGGUUGUAUCUUCCCUGGUCUGCAGUAUACAUUUUAUCUCAGCUUCUAUUAAGCCUCUUCAUUUUCCCUUUCUACUUCCUUUUUACCAGCCCCCUCAUUUUGGGGAAGCUUCCUCUUUUAAAGUCAAAUGCGACUGUGUUUGAAUUUAUUGGCAAUUGUUCACCUGUUGAAUUUUAUAGCAGUCAGUUCAACAACAGUUUCAUUUUGCAACAUGUCCCGGGUGCCACUUAAGUCCAGAGUUUGCUACCUUUCUGAUUGUUUCCAUGACAAACUGUUGUACAGCACAAUCAUUUACACUACCUAGAACUUUUAGCCCAUAUUUCUAAUAGGAUAGGUUCCAAUCGUGUUUUCAGUAAAAACACCAGCCAGAUGGGUGGGGUAUAAAUAUUACUUAUUAAUAAUAAGCAGCAGUCUGUCUUUGAUUUUUGCCAUUGCAUCAAGCAUACACUACAGAGGUAUUAUUAUUAUUAUUAUUAUUAUUAUUAUUACUUAUACCCUGCCCAUCUGGCUGGGUUUCCCCAGCCACUCUGGGCAGCUUACAACAUAACUAAAAACAUAAUUAAAACAUCAAUCCUUAAAAACUUCCCUAAACAGGGUUGCCUUCAGAUGUCUUCUAAAAGUCAGGUAGUUGUUUAUUUCCUUGACAUCUGAUGGGAGGGUGUUCCACAGGGAGGGUGCCACUACUGAGAAGGCCCUCUGCCUGGUUCCCUGUAACUUCACUUCUCGCAGUGAAGUGACCAGCAGAACUAGUUAUUUCAUUUUGGAUGAUCCAUGCCAUUCUGAGUAUUUAAAUGGCUAUGUUAUCUGGAAAAUAAGCACACAUUUGGUAAAUAAAUUCAUUUGCUUACACCAGUUGGAAUGUGUUGUAUUUCUCACUUCCUAAUGCAACCCAGUUCAAGAAAGGGUCUUGUACUCUGAUUUUAUUGCUAACUUUAUGCAGCAUGAUAAUUGUUUUUUUCUGCUUUGAUAGUCUUCCAUGAAUGUGGUUUUCUUUAGUCCUCUCUAGGAUCGUCUUCUACUUCUUCAUUCCAAUCUGUUGGUUCCUACGGUCCUUUUGGCAGAAUGCCAGCCUACAGCCAGUUUAGUCCAAGUCCAUUAGUGGGCCAGCAAUUUGGUGCUGUUGGUGUUGGUAUGUUUGCAUUUUAAACUUCUUUUCUUGGCAAGCAUAUAAAUGUUAAAAUAUUUUCAAGUAUAUACUGUUCCCACCCCAUAGGGUAAAAUUCACAUUUACUGAGUUGAUCUAAUGAAAGCAUGUUCACCCAAGAAGGCCACAUUCCCCAGGCCACCCUCCUACCUACCCCUCAAUAAUUUCUCCUUUGCAAGCUUCACUAAUGUGGACAGUGUGUUCUUUGGCUGCUGCUAUUUUCUUUCCUCUUGUGCAGGACACAUUUGUGGCCAAGUAGGCACACAGUAGUCCAUGUUAAAUCCAUUUUGGUAAAUGUUUUCAUUUUGGAAGAUCUGCUUUAUAAGACUGUCAUAGUUGAUGGCAGUUCUUUGGGGUACUUGGAAUCUUGUUUACAAUGAAGAUAAAAGGGGUUACCUGUAGGAGCAACAUUGGGACAUAUGUGAGUUCAUCUCCGUUGUGCAGCUUGAUGUAGUUCAAACCAGUGGCAGCUGAUGCUCAGGAGCAAAAACUGCAAUCCUUAAAGCGUACUAAACUGCUAGCACAUUUGCAAAGCUAAGCAGGAUCUAGUUUAGUUUCAAAUUGGAUGGGGGACUGUGUGCUGAGAUUCUUGGUUUACUGUGUUUAAAGCAUCUUUGGUGGAAAGAUGGUGGGAGGCAAGAGCAUAUCUGCUUCAUUCUUGGAUGGACUGAAAUUUUCUAGAUGCCCAGUGUGAAAAUAGUAUAGGUGUCUCCCCACUUAUGUGUGUUCGACUCAUGCACAUUGGCAUAUAUGUGUGGCGCCAGGAAAUAAUUAAAUACAUUGAUUUAAACUGCAAAAGAGUAUGAAAAGAGCAAAAACAUCACAAAAAGAAUGAGAAAACUGCAAAAAUGUCACAAGAAGAGCAGGAAAACGGCUAGUAAUCCCAGUAGCCUUUGCACUGAACUUUGAGGCUUGUGGGGAGUUGGCGUUUGAGAGGGAGGUUUGGAGAGAGCAUUUUUAGCAGAGAGGUGAUUACAAGCUUUUUAGAUGGUGUUACCCACUGUACACAAUUUCACGUAUAUGCACGGUCCCUGCGAACUUAACCCCCGUCUAAGUGGGGAUAUAGCUGUAAGCAAAAGUAAAACUACACUGUCAGGUUCACUUUUCCACAUUUAUAAAUAUUGGACUCUGGCCAAAUCCAAUAAAUUGUAAACAUCUGAGUAUUGUGAACAUUCUGCUUUCUCUUUACUAGUUUUGUCUAGUAAGCAUUGUCCUGUGGGACCAGGCAUGUCACUGGACAUCUCACCAUCAGGUUCCAGUUUGUAAAGUGGUUUUGUUCAGAAGUUGCUAAGCUGUGGUGUGAACCUAGUAAGACUUUAAAGUGUGCUCCAUGACUAUGGGAGAGGUUAUCUGGGUUAUAGCUUUAGGAAGUUAAAAUUUUAUAGUUAAUCAUAGCAUAUUGCUGAUGAUGGUCUCCUCUAAUCUUUCUUGAAACAACUUUAUGUGCAGUGUAUAUGUUUAGAGAGAUACCACAUUAGAAUAAAUAGAUCAAAGAUUACUUUCAAAUAGCUUUGAGGGAGAAGAGCAGCCCAAGUUUAACAGUCUUAUUAGCUUGAUGUUAUCUGUAGGGAAUACGUGAAUAGGUACACUGGCUCACUUUGCUGUCUGAUUGCAGUAAUAACAUAAAGGAGAAGAAUAAAACAAGGGCCUAAUAGCAAGAUAAAUGGAUUGUUUAAAAACAGUAAAAAUAUCUUGAGACAGACUGCCAUAGCUAGUUUGUGAAUAUAAUUUAUUUAAUAUUGUACUUCCAUUGAGAACUUUUUGCCAACUAUAAAUGCAGUUUUGGAGAUGGCAACUAGUAAACUAAUUUCAGUUCAUGCUUCUCAAAUUUUGGCCACAAGUGAAUUUGGAGAUCUAUCCCAAGUCUCUUUCACCAACAGCAGCCUUCUUGUCAGCUGAGCUGAAAUAGUUACCAUAUGUUUCACAUGUGGUUCAGCUGAGUGAGGUGUAUUUGUACUUAUACUCAACCACUUACUCUGCAUAUACUUUGACAUCUCUGCAGAUUUCUGUUGUUAAUAAAACACUUUUGUUUAUUCAGAAAAUUAGCACAGACAUGAUCACAUAAUUGUUUGUAGCUUUUGAGAAGUGGUUUUGGUAUUUCUUAGCUGCUUUAAUAAAAUUUUUCAUCUUUUAUUUGUCACAUGAGGUGGUUAACAUUUGGGUCAGUUAGCUUUAGUCUAAGAGUGGCAAUUUAAAUGGUUAGCCCCCUUAGCCUUACAAAGACUCGACAUUUUUAGAACCAUGCAGCUUUUCCUGAGGAGUACUUGGUAGUAGUGGCUACGGGUCACUAAUGGAGAACUCUCAGAAUCCUUGUAUAAUGGUUAGAGCUGCUUGAGGCAAAACAGGGUAGCUGCACAUUUUGGUACAUUGAAGUUCAUUGACAGUGCUGCAAGCGUAGCCUUGCACCACAGGGGCUUGACAUCUAUUUUCUGACUUCAUGCAGGAAGUUCACUGACAUCUUUUGGAACUGAAACUUCAGCCAAUGCUAACUUGUCCCAAAGCAGCGCAGUUGGUUCCACUUUUACAACUGAUGCAAGGUCAUUAAAAACACAGCUCUCACAAGGUAAAGGCUGGUGGUGUCAGUCAGAUUCUUGAUCUUUUUGAUUAAGAAGGUGAAUGCAUUGCCAUAGUGUGUUGUUCAAUUGUGAAAUAUAUUCUUUUUUUCUGGUUUACCACAACAUGCAUUAGCUGUAAUGAACCCCAGUUUCUUGUGCUGCCUCUUCACCUUUCCUACCAUGUUGCAAGAAGGAAGACUUGGUAGCUUUUAAUUCAGCUUUCCUUGAAUCACUGCUUUAUUGUGUUUCCCAAACCAGGUAUUGUGAUUUAUAAAAAAACUAAUUGGUUGGAGCAAGCCAACUUCUGAAACCAUGAGAUUCAAGAAAAGCGUGGGGAGGGGAGCUUACAAAGUCCUCCCUGUAGCAUGAAGGAUAAGGAGACCACAUGCGAUACUUCAGUUUGUUGAGCCUGUUGUGAUGAACCCUUGUUAGUGUGAUAUGCAAACAUGGCACAGGAGGAAUGCACUAGCCAAAGACUCAUGGCAACACCUUCCUGCUCAUGGAUGUAUUGCUAAGCCAUGAUUUAGCAUGGCAUGUGAACCACUCUUCUGCUUCUUUGUGCAGAGUUAGCCUUGUCUCCUAUAACUGAAAGUGAGCUUGUGUUCGAAGUUGCUUGAAUAAUCUUUUAGGUGUAUUCUGCUAGUGGGGACAACAAAUCUCAACCCCUGGGGAUCAUUGUGAUUUUUCUUCCAAACAGACUAUGUGAAGCCAGUGUUUGUUUUUUGGUUUGCAAGCUAUGAACCUAGAGCAGAGCCAGAGAUUAUGGCUUGCCUUGGCUAGGGAGGAACAUUGUCUGCAUUAAUAACAAGCCGUUAAACAUGGUUUGUAGUGGCAUCCAAACUGGGCCACUGACUCUUGGACUGAAGCCGAUAAAUAAAAAGAUCUACCUCACCUAAACAGCUAAAUUAGAUACUAUUUCAGUGUCUAUUUUUUCUGCAUCCAUACUACUCACUGUUAGUGCUUAUUUUAUUUUAAGAAAUCAUGGCAUCUAAGGGAGUAGCUGCAGUUCUAGGUGACAGACAUUUGCUAAUAACUGCAUUGGUAAAGAUGAGCUAUCUCACCCUGUUUUUCCUUUGAAAAUUGAGGGAGAAUCAAUGUAUAUAUGUGACCUAAGUCUUGGGUUAGUGGAGCUAAAGUUGCAAAAACAUUUCCUGUUUGGACAUAGUUGUCUUGACUAGGGAAAGCAGAUAAUUGACUUCAAAGUAAUACUUACGCUAAGGUUGGGCAUAAGAUGUUGUCAUUUCUGUUUCAGGUCGCUCAAGUCCUUCGUUAGACCAUUUGAGAAAGAGCCCAACCCUGGAGCAGGCAGUACAAACAGCAGGAACCCACUUAUCUGCUUCAGCACCAGUUGGGAGAAGGAGUCCUGUUUCAGCCAGACCUCAAGGGUCUGCUAGUCAAAAAUCAUUGGAAAAUCAGGAGCACAGAAGAGGUAGAACUUGGCCUUUGGACCUUGAUUAUUUUAAGCUGUGUUGAUACUUGUUGCCAAAGUGAAAAAGCUGUUCUUUGCAAGUGGCUUAGCAAUUGCUUUUGUCAAAGUUUGGAUUCAAAGUUUGAAACCCAUAUGUCUAUUUUAAAAGUUCAGUGUCUUGAGUUUGGACAAAUUUGUGAGUCAUGAAGCAUAAUAAUAAUAAUAAUAAUAAUAAUAAUAAUAAUAAUAAUUUAUUAUUUAUACCCUGCCCAUCUGGCUGGGCUUCCCCAGCCACUCUGGGCGGCUUCCAACCAAAUAUUAAAAUACAAUAAUACAUCAAACAUUAAAAGCUUCCCUAAACAGGGCUACCUUCAGAUGUCUUCUAAAAGUUUGGUAGUUGUUGUUCUCUUUGACAUCUGGUGGGAGGGCGUUCCACAGGGUGGGCGCCACUACCGAGAAUACCCUGCAGUAAAAUGGCAUGGCUUGCAGUAAGGUGAGGCUUAUGCCUGAAUGCUUCUGUUGUGGGUUGGGGAGAUAUUUCUGUCAGCAUAGGAGUCUCCGCUUGCUUGGCAAGCAGGGUUAACUUGUGGGGUUCCCCCCCCACACACACACUCUUCUCAGAGGGCAGUACUGCCCUGAUGCAGCCCUUAGAGAUUUUUUCCUUGCAGUUAGUAUACAGAAAAUGAAAAAUAACAAAAUGUUCUUUGCAUUCUUUGUUCUUAGCUGAAGCACAUAAGAUUUCAAGAUCUGAAGCAGAGCAUCUGAGAAAUGAAAACAAACGUCAAAUGGGUAAACUGAAUUCAUUUUUGGAAAGGAUAAAAACUCUAGUGCUUUUUAAAAGUCACUUUUGUUGAACCAGACGCAAAUAUAGGAAACUAGUUCAAACUGCAGUUAGUUGGGAAAAAAACAAAAAUCAAAUGAUGUUCUAAUUAACUGGCCUAAACAAACCACAGUUCCUGUGCUUGAGCUUAAAAGGAUAAUGCAAUUUGUUUCAAACAGCAAAAAGAAGUACCUCCUUUCUCAUGCACAGGGGAUAAGUGAGGUACAGCAUUCACAAGCCCAGCACCUGUGGCUAUGUGUUCUCAUAAUGGGAAACCAUUAUUUCAUUUACUUCUGAACUGAGUCACUGUGACAAAUGUUUAUGACCCUCUGGCGAAAUAGAUAAGCAAUGGGUUUAAAAUAAAAAAAAGAAAGGAUUUGGUCUUGUGGGAUUGAUUGUUGCAGGACGUCAGAGCCUUUUAAAGGGUUAGUUUUACACAGUGUACAGUGGUACCUCGGUUUUCGAACGUAAUCUUUUUCAGAAGACUGUUUGAGUUCUGAAACGUUCAAAAACCAAAAACUCAAAAUGAAAGCCUCAAUACGGAAGCCACGUGGCAUGUUCGACUUCCAAGGCGUGUUCGAAAACCGAAAUGUUAAAAAACGGAGACAUUCGAAAACUAAGGUACCACUGUAUAGUUAAAAACUAUGUUGCCCUGGGUUCCUUUGGGAAGAAAGGCAGGGUAUAAGCUUAAUAAAUAAACAAACUCUAGAAUUAUAUCACAAGAUGUAGUGAUAGCUGCCAACUUUAAAAGUGGAUUAGACAAAUUCCUGGAGAGUAAAGCUAUUGGCAGCUUUAGUACUAGUGGCAGCCUGCCUUUGAAUUGCAGUUGCUGGGGGACACAAGCAGGAAGGGACUGUUGCACUUGUGUCCUGUUUUGUGGACUUCUUAGAGGCAUAUGGUUGAACAGUGUGGGAACUGAAUGCUGGCCUAGAUAAGCCUUUGGCCUGAUUCAGCAGAGCUGCUCUUAGGUUAUUAGGAGAAGUAUAUGAUGGGGCUUCAAGCUAUAUAGUGGCGGAAAGUGUAACAAUGGAAGAUGAUAUAUCUUGAUCAGCUGGAUGUCUAGUAAUCAUAUCUGCUUGGCAGACAGAAAACUCUCCAUCCAUCCUAUGUAUAGUAGUUUUAUGUUGCUGCUUACAAGAACAAAUCUGAAACUGCAGGUCUUUUGUUUAUAGGUCCCUUCAAAACCUAUUUUUCCCCAGUUCCAGGUGCACCUUCAGCACGAAGGGGCCGUGGGGGUCACCGGGGAGGCAGAGGAAGAUUUGGUAUUAGACGGGAUGUUCCAAUGAAGUUUGAGAAGGACUUUGACUUUGAAAGUGCUAAUGCACAAUUCAAUAAAGAGGAAAUAGAUCGCGAAUUUCACAACAAACUAAAACUGAAAGGUAAGCUGAAAUGCUGUUUCAAGGGAAUAAUGACUGUCUUGUCAACUACAGGUAAACCUGAGCCUUCUAUAGACACGGGAUCUAAAUGACUGGUAGUUAAUGGAAACUAGAUGUAAUUUGGAAAUCUGACUUCUGUUUCAAACACUUUAAUCAAAGUUCUUAAAAAAGGAAAGAAAAACCCUUCAUACUUGUGCUAUCUUAUACUUCAUUUUAUGUGGAGUUGUGAGUAGGGUUCUUAUUCCUGUAGGGGUUGAGAGUUAAAUUAGGCUAAUCCUGCAGUGUUUUGAAGUUAAGUUGUAUAGGUUCAGAUGGAAAGAGAGAUUUCACUUAGAUGCAUUCAAAGUUUAUGGGUAUAAUUCGUUGCCUCCUUUUUCCCUGUUGCUUUUCCUCCUCCCUGAGGUGAUCAGAAACGUUAUGCAAGGGAAUGAUAAGCAGUGCUGUGUAUAUUCCAUAUUUAGGAAAUUAAACUUUUGUUCCCAACCUAGGAAAUUCUGAAUUCUGCAGUUUGUAUAGAUUCUGUAGAUUAACUUCGCCUUUCCUUGCAUUUUUAUUAUUUUCUGUGGCCCUAAUUUUACUAGCUAUGGUUAGAGGCAAAAUGCUACAUAGGUCACUGUACCUCAGCCACAGAAAGUUGUCCACAGUUAUCACUCUGACCUUGGAGAGAGUCAGCUGGUGAUGCUUUAUGCUUUCCAGCAUAAGUGCUGCUUUUAAGGUGCCUUUCAAAGAAGCAUUUAUUUACUCAGACCGUUGGAAGAAACUGAGGUUGUACAUACUUUGCUAGAGCUAUGAGUUUAUUUUAACAUCAAUUUUUAUUUUUAAUAUUUGUUUUGUGGUUUUAUUGUAUGGUUUUAUAUUAUGUUGCAUGAUGCCCCACUAUCUCUGGAUGAUGGAUGGUCUAGAACUAUAACAAUAUUAAUUAUUAAUAUAUGUUCACAGUUUUAAGGAGUAGAAUCUUGCAUUUUUAAUAGGAAGUACUGAGCUCCCCAUCAAAUUACCUGGACAUUAUAAAAAAGCACAAUCUGCAGUGGGCUGUAAUCCUGCCCUUUGCAGUGUGUUCUGCUGCUAGCCCUACAAUUCAUGUAAUCAAGUGUUGCUUGGACAAAUUUGCAGCGCUCUUUAAAGUUAAUGUAUGGAUGUUCCUGGCAGCAUUAAAGUCUUACAAGGAAGGCUUUGCAACAGAUAUUAAAGGAGUGCUUUUAAAAAGUAUACUCCCUUUGUGAUUUGCCACAUUCUCUUCUGUGACUUCUUUAGUUGCUGUAAUUGUGCUGCUCUCAUCUUGAAGACAACUUGAGUCAUCCAAAGUCAGACAGGGAGUGCAGUUUUUCCCUAUUUUUACAGCAAUGUCUUGUUUGUUGGAGAGGACCAGUAGGAAGGAAAAUAGCCAAGAGGGAGAGAGGGGACAGCUGUUGUCUUAACUCAUGGCAAGCUAUUUUUGUGUGUGCUAAUCUAUAACAUCCUUCUAGGGUAGCAUUAUACACAAGUCACUUUCUGCUUUUCUUUGAAGAUGCAUUUUCAUUUAUUGUUCACUGAGGUUAUCCUUUUCCUUUCUUCUCACCCCCUGCCCCCUGGAUUCGUUAGAAGAUAAACCAGAGAAGCCUGUAAAUGGGGAAGAUAAAGGUGACUCAGGUGUUGAUACCCAGAACAGUGAAGGCAAUGCAGAUGAAGAGGAUCCACUUGGACCCAACUGCUAUUAUGACAAAACCAAGUCUUUCUUUGAUAACAUUUCCUGUGAUGACAAUAGGUACCUGAUUUGUUUUUUGGCAAUCCACUGGGCAAGCAGAAAAUAUAAUUUCCAAAUGGCAAGAUCCAUGGAUGCUAAAAUGCAGAAUGAAACGCUAUACCUUAUACCUAUGUAAUGCUGCUACUGCUGCAUGCAAAAUAUUUGGCUUUGUUAACGAAACGAAGUAACAGCUUUGUAAUUCAAAGAGGGUUGGAUACACUGUAGUUCAGAGAGGUCGAGACUGGCUGCAUUUGUGCAUAAUGAUAUACCAGGCCUUCUGUGAAUGAGAAGUGUGCUGUAUUGUUUUUAACACUCGAUUGGGAGCCGCCCAGAGUGGCUGGGGAAACUCAGCCAGGUGGGCGGGGUAUAAAUAAUAAAUUAUUAUUGUAUAUUAUUAUACUCUCCCAGUUGCUCCUACUUCACUUCUUCCAUAUAGCCAGGAAGCCUUGACUUCCCAUUACUGUAUGUUCAAACCAGGGAUCAUGGUUUAUUGGCUUCCUGAUGAUGGCUUGUUAGGAAGUAGCAAACCAUAAUCCAUGAUCUUGCAAGGACCAGAUUUGUUGGUAAAGAUGUGUUUUUAAAUUUGCAGUGGAUGUUCAAAAGUGAAAACAUUGCGGAAUCAUAUAUCCCCUUCCAUUUCUGGUGUAUCUAAGCUCUUGGCAAAGGUUGAACCUUCCGUAAGAAUUGAUUAUUUUGGCCUUGGAUUGAUAGAGGAAAGGGGAUAUGCUGUAAACCUUUUGUUACUUUUCUAUUUGAUUUCUUCUUCUUUUUUUUUAAAAUAAUUUUUAUUAAAGUUUCAAUAAAAAGUUGAACAGAAAAAACAUAAAAAACAAAUACACAAUACAAAUUCCAAAAAAAGAAAACAAAAACAAAAAACAACAAAAAAAGAAACAGAACAAUUAAAAACAAUAUCACUUUUUCAUUUCCCUUUUUUAAAUUUACUUAUUUUCUGGACUUCCUCAUACCUCCCUCUUUUGUAUUCCAGUCCGAAUUGUUCCUCCAGCAAUUUCUUUUCCACUUUUUUAACCCCAAUCUUUAUUCUUAGUGUAAUAUAGCAUUAAAAAUUUACCUCCUAAGUACCAAAUUUCCCUUUCCUUUAACUUAUUUACUCCUAAUCUUUAAUCUUGAUGUAAUAUAGCAUUAAAAUUUUACCUCUUAAGUACCAAAUUUCCGUUUCCUUAAACUUCUUUAAUCCUGAUCUUUAAUCUUAGUCUGUCUUAUAAUUUUAUCCUGUACAGCUGGAAACCACUUAUUUUCAAUCCAACAUCACUCUAACAUUCCUUAAUUUUGCAAUAUUUCUGUAAGUAGUCUUUGAAUUUCUUCCAAUCUUCUUCCAUCGCCUCUUCUCCCUGGUCACGGAUUCUGCCAGUCAUUUGCGCCAGUUCCAUAUAGUCCAUCAGUUUCAUCUGCCAUUCCUCCAGCGUGGGAAGUUCUUGUGUCUUCCAAUACUUUGCGAUAAGUAUUCUUGCUGCUGUUGUUGCAUACAUAAAGAAAGUUCUAUCCUUUUUAACACCAUUUGGCCGACUAUGCCCAGGAGAAAGGCCUCUGGUUUCUUAGGGAAGGUAUAUUUAAAUACCUUUUUAAUUCAUUAUAUAUCAUUUCCCAGAAAGCCUUAAUCUUUGGGCACGUCCACCAAAGGUGAAAAAAUGUACCUUCAGUUUCUUUACAUUUCCAACAUUUAUUAUCGGGCAAGUGAUAGAUUUUUGCAAGCUUGACUGGGGUUAUGUACCACCUGUAUAUCAUUUUCAUAAUAUUCUCUUUUAAGGCAUUACAUGCCGUGAACUUCAUACCUGUGGUCCACAACUGUUCCCAGUCAGCAAACAUAAUGUUAUGUCCAACGUCCUGUGCCCAUUUAAUCAUAGCCGAUUUUACCGUUUCAUCCUGAGUGUUCCAUUUCAGCAGCAAGUUAUACAUUCUUGACAAAUUCUUAGUUUUGGGUUCUAACAGUUCAGUUUCUAAUUUUGAUCUUUCCACCUGGAAGCCAAUUUUCUUGUCCAAUUUAAAUGCCUCCAUUAUCUGGAAAUAAUGGAGCCAGUCUCGCACUUUGUCUAUUUGAUUUCUUCUUAAGUAUCAAACAGGCAGCAUUUUUAUUUGCAUCUAUAUCAGUAAUUUGAUAAAGAGGAAUCGCCUGUAAUUAAUUUCACUUAAACUGGAUGCAGAGGAGUUGGUAUUACUCCCAAAGCAUGAAAGAUUCUGUUUUACAUGGUGUUCCCUAAGCUAAUUUAGUAGGAGCCACUUCAGUGGAUCCACAUGUAACAGAGAAAAAGAAAUACAGAGUUGCGGAAUGAAAUAAUAACAGCAAAGAAGUGUACCAAAUUACACUCUUGCUCCACUGAAAGCAAAUUGUAUUUCAAUACCCCUGCCAUAACAAAAAAUGAGAAGCUGGAAGGAUAUGGGAAGAUAUCUCCCUGUUCAUGUAAGGCAGGCACGUCCAACUCCCAAGAGACUGCAAUCUACUCCCCGUAUAAAAAAACUGGCACUGAUCUACCCAUUGUCGUUGCCAAGAGUUGAGCUUAUUUUAUUUUAUUUUAUUUUGGGGUGGGGAGACCUUGGCAAAUUUAUUUUAUCCUGUGAUCUACCAGUAGAUCAUGAUCGACCGGUUGAAUGUGCCUGAUGUAAGGGAAACCAAUUGGCAUUGUAAUUAGCAGAUUUAGCAGCUCCCCGGGCCACCCAUCUGUGUCUGGUCAAGCAUUCUGAUAAAGCUAUGUUCCAGAUAGUGGUGAACCAUGCUGCACAUGGUAAAACAUCAGGAGACCUCAUGAGGCAAGUGAUAACUAAUCUGACAGCUGCUAGUAACAUUAACCAGGAAAUUCUUCACUCAGGCAGCCAAUGGGUAAUUGGGAUGAUAUAACUCGGUUCUGAUUUGAGAAACUGUUUUUUCACUCUUGCCAUGCUCUCAAUGUAAAUGUUCCAAAAGUGGAGUUUGGAAUUCCACUCCUGCACAGGGAUGCUUCUGUGCGGUUUCACUGUGUGCAUAUUAACGUACUAAGCAGCUUGAAAACGUCAAACUGUCUUUGGCAUCAAUACUCCUUCUGAUGAAAAUGAUAGUGAUCUGGAGUUAGUGUUCUUGUCACUUGCAUGUUUCAGAGACCGAAGACCAACCUGGGCUGAAGAAAGAAGACUAAAUGCAGAGACAUUUGGAAUUCCAUUGCGUUCAAACCGUGGCCGGGGGGGCUACAGAGGUAGAGGAGGUGGAGGAGGAGUUGGUGGCUUCCGGGGUGGAAGAGGACGUGGAGGCACAAGAGGAAAUUAUGGCGCCCCUCGAGGAUUUCGUGGUGGAUUCAGAGGUGGACGUGGCGGCAGAGAAUUUGCGGAUUUUGAAUAUAGGGUAAUUGCUUACGAACUCUGCUGCAGGGAUGGGGAACUGGUGGCCUUCUCACUUGAGGUACUUCAACUCCAGGCCCAGCCAGCAAUAUGAUGGGAGCUGUAGUUCAUAACUGCCUAAGAAGGCCACAAGUUUCCCACCCUAUAUCUGUUGCUUAUAGCCAUAGGCACUGCAUUCAAUAAUUCCAGAAAUAAAAAUAGCUACAAUGUCACACAAUCAGAACAAGAUAUAGCCACUCAUUAUUUCAUUAAAAAUACAAAAAGUAUGACAAAAACCUUGAAAAAACUGCAAUAAUAGUACAUAUGUUAAAUACUGGAUGAGAGAAUCAAAAAAACAAAUCAUCUCAUAAAAUCUCUUAAAUACUGGGCAUGAGUUUUCUUUGCAGCCAUUCAGAUUUAGUUAACCUAAAGUGUAGUUCUUUUUAUGCCUCAAUACACUUUUAUAUAGUCUACACAAAAGUAUAUAUGAGGCAAAACUUUCUUGUAUAUCUUUUUGCCUCCUUUUUUUAUUCUUAGUAUGAAUUUCUACACUGCAUGCUAGCCAUUGAACCACCCUUGGUUAAUUUGUUUGGUUGUGGGAGAAAAAGUUGCAGCCACAUCUGUAGACGUAGUUUCUUGUUCUAACAUGUCAAAGAUUUCUGUCAGUAUGAAACGUUUUAACAAUUGUUCUCUCGAGCAUAGCAUAUUUGAAGGCAUUAAAAUAAAAUGUUUUCUUGUAUAUUCUCUUUCCAAUGCAAUAUUUUUAUUUCUUUGGACAAUCAUAUUAUCGUUAUUUGUGAGGAAGGAUUUUUUAAAAAAUUAUGUAUAAAAAAUACUAUGUACAGCUGUUCAAAGAAAAUAUCAGAGUGGUGUGCAACAAUUGUACGCAAAACCCAUAUGCAGUAAAAACCAUAUAAGAAAGUUGAACUCUGAAAUCAACUUAUUAUUGUGGAAAGAUGUAUUCUUGAUUGCCUGCCUGCAUAAGCCUGACAGAACAGAAAAGCAGAAAAGUUUUCAACAGGUGUUUAAAAGGCACCUUCUGAAUCUCUAUUAGCAGAGUAUUCCACAACUCUGGGCCAAUGACCCUAAAGGCUUGAUUUCUUCUUGUCAAAUGAGCCUUGCCAACUUGGGGAACAACCAGUGGCACUCCUGCAGGUGAGCUCUGUGAUUGAGCUGAGAUCCUGUGGUCCCUGAGGCACCCUAUAGCUGAGUUGGGCUACAGAGGAUUCUUCACACAAGAGUAAGCCAUUCUUGCAGUGAUUUCUAGCUUUAGAAGGCAUUUUGGAAUUGACUUUGCUAACUGGAAUUAUGACUGAUGCAAUCUAGAGAGAUUUGGGCCCCAUUUUGAAUAUUGUUAACAUUGUCUUCUCUAGUUUGAGCCUUUUAUCUGUUACUGUUCUUGAUUAAUUUGACUAAACUGGCAUUGGUUGGGAAGUAAUUUUUUUCUUUUUUCUUUUUUUAGAAAGACAACAAAGUUGCUGCAUAGCUGAAGUUGAACGCAGGUGGACCUGUAGAUCUUCAUGAUCCAGAGAAUGUGUCAGUCUUUGCAAAGAAUUGUUAAUUUGCUGUAAAACUCGUCACCAGCACUGGGGUUUGUUUUUAAUUUCAAAGGGGUAUGGAGCAGAACUCUUUUUGGAGAAAAAAUGGCCAUCUUCAAAAACAAUGAGCAUUAAAUAUAUUUGAGAUAGAAGACUUAAGUAAUUUCUUACAUAGAGUUAAAAUAUAAAGCAGUACUUCAGUGGAGUUUUUAAGUAUUUUUUUCAUCACAAAAAGAAUUUAUCAAAUUGUAUUUGAUUACUACUGCAGGCUGCAAAGACAAUUGUAUGCAGAAGGCCGUCAGUACUGUGAGUGUGUUGAGCCAGUGAAGGUUGUUUUUGGAAAUCCUUUAAUCUCCCUUUUGAGAUGGUUGUGCUCUUUGUCAAAUAGGGUGCUGGGCAAUAGAAAACUUGAUUUUUGUCAGUCAAAAACAAUGUAAACACAGUAAAUCCUGUUUCUUAGGCAAAGGAAAACUUUUUAUAGUUGUAAAAUUCCAUGAUUAUCCCAUUGCCAAAGAAACACUAAAGACUUUGUAUAGCUGUAUAAAAGCAACUAAUUUUUUAAGAAUAAACAUUUUUAAGUCUACAAACCUGCUGGGUUGAAAUGCUAAAACACAAACACACCACACACAUUAGUUGUUUUGCAGGGGCAGUUCCUCAUAGCUGUUCAGCUUUAAACUUGUUUGAUUUUUAUAUUUUGACUAAAAAUAAACAUUUUAGAUGUUCUUCCAUUAUAUAAAAACUGGAUAAAAUAAUUCUCUUGCAAGAAAUUCAUUUUGUAGGUUUUGGCAUAUUGCAGGAUUUGACCAGAUUAAUGGGCUUUUUUCAAAUGAAGACAAACCUCAACACUCAUGUCACAAUUCACAGUUCAUAUUAGUGAUAACUCUUGAAGUAAAAAUGACCCAGGCACACACAAGUUCUUAUGUUUCCUUUGAUGUGCCCGGAAUAAAAAUGACAUGUCUCCAUGUGUUGAUUCUUGAAAUGUUGACUCUGUUUUAAUGUUGACAUACUCAAUUUAAAAGUGACUAUUUAGUGUUUGCAAUUGCUUGAGUUUUGAUGAACUGUAGCUUGGAGACAUUGACUGCUUAUUCUUAUCCCAACAGUGAUUUGGUAUGGAGUAAACUUUUGCCAAUUCUGAAAUACUAGUUAUGACUUUUUUGACAUUAAGUUAUAAUUAGAAACAGUAAUUUGGUAACUUGUAUUUUGUAUGUGUGUAUGAAAGCCACAGGAAUAAAGGGAUCCAAAGAUUAAACAAUUUUUACCUAAUUUGCUGAUCUUCUUUUGUUUCUCCUUUAUGUUCAGUAGUGAUAAAAUGUGGAUAACUGCACUGUCAGAAAAUGGGAAUAUUUAAGUGAUAGAAUCAUAAUUUUAUAUCUUUUUGUAUAGCACUAUAAGGAAGUAUUUUGUAAUUGGUUUACUUAUGAGGUCAAGUAUUUGGAAGCAGUAGAAGUUAGAUACUAUUGUUUAGUACUAUUUUGCAUGUUAACAACAAUGCCUUUUUGGGAUCCACAAAUCAUGAUACUGAGCAGUUUUGAUUUUUUUUUUAGACAAAAGGCAAGUGCUGUAAUGUCGCAAUAAGUAUGUAUACUGUAUGAGGUGUCCCAAGUUUAUUUAAACCAGAUACAUUGUAAAUACCAAUGAGACAUUCUGUGAAGGUAUGAAUUUGUCUUAUCUACCAAUCCUUUGGGUUUACUAGUUGGGGUGUGUUUUUACCCCAGUGAACGGCAGCAUGACAUACCUUCAGUGUACCUUGCUACAGAAAAAUGGGGCUUUUAUUUUGAGCCAGAAUAAAACAGUUCAAUAAAAACUGUCUUUGUGAAAGUUU